CAAAGAAGUUGAAGAACAUAAAAUUAAUUCAAUGUACAAUUUUCAUGCGAGUUAUUAAUCUUCUAAUUUGCGAGCCAUAAAAAUUUUUGUUCUGGCCUGUUGUACAGCACUUUGGAAAGAUAUAUAGAAAAAAAUACCUGCGAAAUUCAUUUUCGACUAUUCCAUUUUCAUUUUUCUUCUUAAAAGAUUUGUUAUCAUUAAAAACUACGAAAUGGCAACUAUGGUUUGAUAGUUUUUAAUUAUUUUAUCUGCUUCGCUAUUGUAAUCAACAAGCAUUAAAAACCAAUUUUCAAAAGUAGUUCUGAAGUUAAUCAAGGCUGCUUAGCGUGAAUUGUGUUUAUGCUACUAGAGAAUAUGCAAUUGCUACUUACUUUACUACUGAAAAGAUACAACACUGGCAUUAUUUCGUAGAGCCAAUGAGAUAAGUCAUUUUGGUUUAAUUGUUCCUGCCUUAAAUUGACUUUAUGGACGGAGGGGUGGUUCAUUUUGCGGUAGACUCCAACUCCGACCCAGGAUGUCUCUUCCAUUCUAUCCUCGAUGGAUUAAGAGUUCCGACUCCAAAUCUGGCGCUGUCGUUCCUUGGUAGCGACUGGUCCCUCAACCUUGUAAAUGGAGUUAUGGAAGUGAUGUCUGACAACUGCCACUGUUGGGUCAUUUACGAAACAUCCAGACAAUUUCCACCGGAGAACCAUGAUAUCAGUUACAGAUUGCCAGAGAGAACCGGCCGACGAAUAUCUUAUAUCUGCCUUCAAACUGCUGAGCCAGAAAAAUUAGAUGUUGCGCCAUCAGAACAGCCAGGGAAAACAUCUGUACAUCGCAGCAACGAACAGUUCACUCGUAAUGCAGUGAUCACGUUCAAACUAACAAGCAACAACAUGGAGAGCUUCUACAAGUUCAGAGAGCAGUUUGAGACUUUCCUCUCCACGUCAUUGCGUGUUCCCACUUCUGUUUUCGCAACUGCUUUUGACCUGCCAGAACUAGACUAUUUAAGUGGACUUCUAGAGACAGCGUCCGUCAGUGUGAUGAUUCGCGAGUCGCUACAUGAAGCUACAGAAAACUGGCUGUUUAAACUGGUCGUCUCGUCAGUUCAAGACACGAUCAAAACACCGAAUUUAACUGUUGGUCAGUUAAUCAAACUUGCGAUGGAAAAGUUCCAUUCUCUCCCACUAUCAUCAAGUAUGAACAACUUGCAACUGCCGCCUUUGCUGGAACGAAGUUUCAGAAUAAUAUUCACAAACUUUCAUUUGGUCUCAAUGUGUUCAAUUGACAGUUUGCAUGAAAAUGAUUUGAACAAAACUGUAAAUGUGGGACUAAGAGUUCUGGAGUCUAUGCUCAAACCUCUAAAGCUCAAUGAAAAAAUCGAUUUUAUGCUGCAAUGGAAACAGUGCAAUACCCACUUGGAAAAUUUCAUGCGAGACAACUCGAGGCUCUUGCAAGAAAAUUACAAGGAGCUGAAACUAGCUUUCCGAAAACUGCUUCUUGAUGAAAACCUUAAUGUCUUACAGUUCUUCUUGGACCAAGGAAUUAAUAUGGACAAUGUUUGCGAUAAAUCUUUCGUGAAAAGUUUGUACAGAGAAAUUUCUUUUGACUGUUAUGAGUAUUUCGACGAAACUGCUAUCAACAACUCAAACGACGUUGCUUCUCGCAAUCGACGACAAAAGUACGCAUCUGUGAAUUUUCCAGUCAAUUUGAGCCGAGGUUCCGGAAACAGUUUCAUCUUUCUGCACAUAUCUUUGUUGGCUAUUCUUGUCAACAAACCGAAAGUGUUUUCGUUUUAUUCAGUAAAGUCUCAAUUCAAAGUCAUGGCGUUCCUUUUGUAUUCGCAGUUAUGGCGCAUCCAAAGCGAGUGGGUUGCAAAAUUUGACCUAAAUCGAACCAGUUUCCAAUCUCUGAGCUCACACUGCUUAAAUACGGCGGUCGAAGUUCUGAAAGAAUGUGAAACUUUGCACCUGGGCCUGACAAAAAGAUUACUACUCUUAGAAAUUCCAGAGUUUAAUGGAAAAUCCAUUUUUGAGGUCGCUGCUUUUUCAGGUUUCAAGGAAGUUCUUGAUCUCAGAUCUUCAAAAUUGAUUUUAAGACAGCUUUGGUACAACGGUUUGCAUUUAGAUGCUCGAAGCUUUGCUAAUUACUUAAUUUUACCUUUUCGAUUAUGUGACGACCUUUCCACUGAUAAUGAUGUUAAAAACCAAACUUUUGACAACAAAAAAGGUUAUAAAAGUCAUAAACUCAGGUUGUUUUAUCUAUCGCCUGCGUUCAAAUUUUUUCUUCACUCCUCAUCAUACUUAUUUUUUGCGCUUUUGUUUUCUCUAUUUUACAUAGACUUACGAAACGGGCAUCCAAGUGGUGAAGAAGUAUAUUGUUACAUUACAAGUUGUUGCUAUCUUGUACAAUUAUAUUUACCUUGGAUUAAGUUAAAAGAGCCAUUUCGACUCAAAGUGAAAUUAUGGCUCCAAAACGAGUUCAAUAUUAUCGAGACAGUUCAAAUAGUGGCGACAACAUUAGCCUUUUCUAUCCGAAUUCUCGGAUUCAGAAGCGACUUCUCCUUUAUGUUGGCUAAGUCAUUUUAUGGUUUGUCAGUUUUGACUGUUCUUUUGAAACUGGUGCGUUUUUUCCAGUGUAGCAGCCGACUUGGUCCAAUUUGGAUCUUCAUUCGAAAAAUGUUGAAGCAGACUCUAAUAUUCUUCUGCAUUUUCCUGGUGCUAGUGUGUGGCUUUGGUCUCUGUCUUCAUCUGAGCAGUCUGCGCACCUGCGAGUUUGUAAGCCAAGACGAAGAGAUCAAAGUCGGUUCCUAUGAGGGCGGACAGUGGGUUUUUCUCAAAGCAUACUUCAUGUUUUUUGGCGAGAAGUUCUACAACAGCAUUUCCCUCGCCUGUAAUUCAGACCCGAAACGAUACAUGUCCGAGAUUAUGCUCUCCCUUAUGUUGUUUGCGGGCAAUGCUUUGGUACUAAAUGUGUUAAUCGCCCUCUAUCGGUCGGUGUUUUUGAAAGUGCAACAAAGAUCGUCCCUCGAGUGGACGUCUGAGAUGUAUUGGCUAGUGCGAGAGUUCACCCACAAUACUUUUUGUCCUCCGCCAUUCAGUAUGAUUGAGCUGGUUGUCGUGUUUUUCGUCAAAAAGAUUUAUGAGAGGAGAUACCCUAAGUACCCCAGGAAAGCAUCACUCACACUCCCUCACCACACCCUGUCCCAGAUGAUGCAGCUGGAGGAGAGUGCGUUCAGAAGUGUACAGCAGAGACGCAGAGGGAGGAUCGAGGCGAACGAGAGCAUGCAGUACCUGAGAGACGUUGAACUGCGACAGAAAAACAUUCUGUCUCAAGCGGUCCUCAACAUCACAAAGUGUCGUCAGAUUUACGACGCCUGCAAAAACAGGUUCAAAUGAAGCCUUAUAAUUUUUUUAAUUUGGUACAAAUCACUUUCGGGCAUUCUUGCACGAAGUUUCAUUCUAAAAUUGAUGAGAGAUUUAUGUAAAGUACAAUAAUAGUUUACACAAAUGAGUUGAUUCAUUUUUGUAUUUUUGUAUUUGCUUAAUUAAAAUUAUUUUCUUUUA